ACGGUUUAGUUCCUCGCCGCAAACAACACUAGUCACAACACUAGUCGUGUGGAGCGGAAGCCAGUGGCCCCAGGUGAACCAGUUCCGAGCUAGAGAUAUACAGAGAGACAAAGAGACAAAGAGACAGAGAGAGAGCUUUUCGAGACAGGAGCAAGUUUUGGCCAAGCGACAAAGGCCAACGGGGCCCCAAGUGAACGGUUCGACGAGUUCAUAGACGCGAUUCAUUGCCAGCCAACAGUCGCCUCGCAUUCCGGACAUUCAGUAAAUCGAUCGAGUCGAAAAUGUCGCGCAUUCCGCUCGUUGCCAUACUGCUGCUGAUAGCGGCCGCGCAGGCAGCCCCUGCAAAAGAGUCCAAAUCUGAUGGAAAAGCCACUCCAUCCGCUCCUCCGCCCAAAGAAGAGGAGGAUUCCUCCUCGCUGUCACCCAUUGAGUCUGGAACCUUUACGAUGGAUAUUGACACGGACCUCAUCCUAACCACCGAUUCGCGGGGAGAGAUAUUCUCGCAGGGCACCGACAGUCCGUUCGGCACUACGGAGGAACCAUUGCCCGAUUCCGUUGUCCUGCAACUAGAGUUAGAGCGAGCCCAGACCGCCCAGCCAGAGCUGCACGUGUCGCAGACCACCGAAAUUAACGGGACAACAGAAAAGCCCAGGAGCACAGAAACCACUAUACAGAUUAAUGGCACCACAUUACGGACGAGGUCCAAUGCAACCACAGAACCGCCCAAGGGCAAGUACACCAGUAGCUUCUUCCAAGGCAAGCUACCAGCCAUUGGAACUGCAAAUUUGGUGGACGAAAGCGUAGCCCUCCAUAGCGAAGAAGAUAGUUUCGAGAGCAGGGGAGCUACAAUGCCGCCACUCCUACAACUGAUCGCAGCUGAAGGCCAGCUGGUGGCGACGCCCAGAAUACUUCCAGAACUGGAAGAAUCCCGGACUGAGGCCGGUCUCUUUUGGCUGGCCAACACCGAAGCAGUCGCAAUCGAGCAAACCACACUGGUUCCGGAACAAGAAGACAAGGAAUCCACCACUGGGGCUACUACGCAGGAGACAACAGAACUGAGUUCCACGCCACAUUCUACAUUCACCAAGCCCCCGGUCGAAACCACUACCGGGACUAUCGAAACCACCACCGGGACUAUUGAAACCACUACGAUUGAUCCUAUAACUACCACCGAGACUAUCGAGACCACGUCGAAUCCUCCGACAACUACAACCGAAACAAUCAAAACUACUACGAAUGCUCCUACAACUACCACCGAAACAAUCAAAACCACUACGAGUGCUCCUACAACUACCACCGAGACUAUCGAAUCCACCACCGGGACUAUUGAAACCACCACCGAGAUUAUCGAAACCACUACGAAUGCGCCUAGAACUACCACAAGCCCUGCACCUGUACUCCUAACCACCAGACAAGCAGUAGUUUUAGGUUCUCAGCCAGAGACUACUGCCAAAAAUGUCGAGGAGACAACCACCAGCCUCCCGAUCACAACUCAGAGACAAACAUCGCCAGACACCACGACCACCAUCCGGACUACCAUCCCGACCACAAACAGUCCGAGCACCAAUGCUGUGGCCUCGACUCCCGAACCGCGUGCCAUUCAGACGCGUGCCCCUCGCGUCGAGCGCAUCUUCAACUCCGACGGCGUGGAGGUGCUCUACGGGUACUCUUCGGUGGUGCGGACGAAUCGGUCUUGAAGCUCUACAACCAAAAAUGUGGCCUUGUCAAGGCCAGCUUGCCAUAACGGGGAGGAGAAGAAUGAGCGAUUGAUACCCGGUUGCUCUUAGACAGUUUUCAUAUUCUAAACGAGUUAAGCAUUAAAAUAUUUAAAUAUCAUUCAGCUGACCGAAGCACAGUGUGAUAAACCAAAAAACUAAACGAAUCGGCAUGAAAUUAAAUGAUACAUAAUACAAAUACGAAUGAAUCCGCGUCGUGGAAUGCAAAUA